UGUGGUUAUCUGUAAACGCGUUUAUCUUAAACGGUGAAAUUAAAACUGACAGUUCCAAAUCCGAAAUCACCGAUUAUCCACCGGCACAGUGCGUUCUUUGCUCUCAGUUCAGUCUUGUAUUCUGUGCCUUGCGGACGUAGGAUUAUUUGCCAAGCUGUUCUUAUUUCUGUUAUCUACCUCCCACACUCCUUUAUUUCGACCGUAGAAAAUCACCUGACGUAUAAUUACCGUCUGUCAAUAUUACUGCUGCGAUAGCAGUUUGAGCCAACGAUAUGGCUGGAAACGUUGGACUUCAUGCCGUAGCUGAAACUACUGGCCAAUUUGGUAACAAUUUUUUAAAGACCGUCGGUAAUGACAAACCUGGCAACUUAAUCAUGUCGCCGUUGAGCGCUCAGGUAGUGCUGGCGAUGGCUGCCUACGGGGCCGGUGGCAGAACCGCAACUCAAAUGCGCUCUUGUUUAUUCAUUCCGACUGAGAAUGAAGUAGGCCAAUCUGGUUAUCAGUCUCUUAUCGAAACCUUGAACGCUGUGAAAGGAGUGGAAUUACGUCUUGCCAAUAAAAUAUACACAGCUUCUCAGUUUGAAGUAAAACCUGAGUACAAAGUGUUGACCGCUGAAAAAUUUUACUCUUCGAGCGAGGAAGUUGAUUUCAACGACUCGACAAAAGCUGCCAAAACAAUCAAUACUUGGUGCGAGGAGAAAACUAACAAACGUAUUAAGGAUUUGAUUACCGAAGAUAGCAUCGACUCAUGCACAAAAUUGGUACUUGUGAACGCAGUAUAUUUUAAGGGACAAUGGGACAAAAAAUUCAAUCCCGCCUUGACGAAGGAUAGACCUUUCCACAUCGAUGAACACACUACAAAAUGUGUACCUACCAUGUUUAUAAAACAUAAACUGCGAUUUGGCGAUCUUCCGGAAUUGAGUGCGAGAUUCAUCGAGAUUCCAUACCAGGGGGACGAGCUCAGCAUGAUAAUCAUUGUACCGUACGAAGUGAACGGCCUCCAAAAAAUUCAGGACAAUCUUCAUCAAGUAAAUCUGAAACAAAGUUUGCAAAAAUCGUAUCCCAGCGACGUCGAGCUCUUCUUACCAAAAUUCAAGAUAGAAAGUACUUUAGAUCUCCAAGAGACACUAAAAAAGCUCGGAAUGACCGACAUGUUCGAAGAAGAGGCUGACUUCUCUGGCAUAUCUGAUGUUCCACUCCAAGUUAGCAAAGUCAUUCAAAAAGCAUUCAUUGAAGUAAACGAGGAAGGUAGCGAAGCUGCUGCUGCGACUGGAAUAAUGCUGCAGGCUCGAUGCAUGAUAUUUUCAGCUGAACUAGCAGUCGACCACCCAUUUGUUUACAUGAUUGUAUCUUUGACGCAAAGCAGCUCCGAUGAAGAUGGAGACAUAGUAUCGUUGUUUAGUGGCCAUGUGGUAGAUCCAUCGUUAUAGUUUAAAUCACUCCAAAGGUAUCAGUACCGAUGGCCAGUUAACUUCGGUGUAAAUAACAUAAUACAGAUCACCAUGUUCAUUCCUAUAUAAGAGGUGAACCGAUACAUUCGACAGAAUGCCUCCCACGUGUCAUCAAAUAUAAGUUUUAAUGUUUGUGCUCGUCAUCCUCAAUUAAUUUUUGAUAACCAACGUUGAAUCGAGUGAAUUGCCUAUGAAUAAAUUUUACACAUUUU